AUAUGUUUUGUGGGUGGCACAGGAGAGUAGGAGGAGAUUUUCCGAACCCUACUCUCCUUUUGGACUUCAUUCGAGACCCCAGAGCAAAUAAAGUUUGGGCUGAAAAACAGUGUUGAAGAUGAAGAAACUGGUGGUGCUUCUACUUUGCCUGGUCAUUUUGACCAUCCACACAGAUGCCAACCCCAUAAUCAAGGAAAGCUUUGCUAAGCAGCUUCUGCGAAGCAAGAGACAAGAGAGGCCAAGGACACCAGGCCACCCGGAUGAGCCCAUGAGAGAGCACAUGCUUCACAUGCAGGCUCUGGACCAGAGAGCGCAGGAGACCAACAUGGAGCAUUGGCUCAACCCUCACUGCUACCCACGCUGUAACAGGAACUAUGGAUACCCUGUCUGAUGAUGUUGCACGAAGGUCGCCGAGA